CAAUUUAGGAACCUUUGGAACUUGUUCACUUGUUAUCUUCUGAAAAGUUGAAAGCUAUCUUUCGAACCUACUUAUUUUUAAAUUCUUUCUCGGGAUGUGCCCUAGCUGGGUGUAUAUUCAUUGCUCAUUUUUAAUUCAUUGUGAGAAGACAGUGGUGAGGUCUGUUUCUGAAUCAUUGCAUUCUUUGUGGUUUCCUUGAAUAUAUAAGAAGCAGCCAUGAAGUUGAUUAUCUUGGACGAUCAUACGCAAGUCAGUGAAUGGGCUGCAAAAUACAUCAGGAAUCAGAUUGUUAAGUUCAACCCUGGUCCUGACAGAUACUUCACCCUGGGUUUGCCAACUGGAGACACUCCUUUGGGAAGCUAUAAAAAACUAAUUGAAUAUUAUAAGAAUGGGGAUCUAUCAUUUAGAUAUGUGAAGACAUUUAACAUGGAUGAAUAUGUAGGUCUUGCACGGGAUCAUCCUCAGAGUUAUCACUCCUUCAUGUGGAACAAUUUCUUCAAGCAUGUUGACAUCUUGGCUGAAAAUACACACAUUCUAGAUGGAAAUGCUCCUGACUUGGAGGCAGAAUGUGAUGCUUUUGAAGAGAAAAUUAAAGCAGCGGGAGGAAUUGAACUAUUUGUUGGUGGCAUUGGUCCAGAUGGUCACAUUGCUUUCAAUGAACCGGGCUCAAGCCUGGUGUCACGAACAAGAGUGAAGACAUUGGCUAUGGAUACAGUAUUGGCCAACGCUCGAUUCUUCGAUGGAGAUUUGUCUAGAGUCCCUACCCUGGCCCUGACUGUUGGAGUGGGGACAGUAAUGGAUGCUAGAGAGGUGAUGAUCCUUAUCACAGGAGUGCAUAAAGCUUUGGCUCUGUGUAAAGCAAUAGAAGAUGGUGUAAACCACAUGUGGACUGUAUCAGCUUUCCAGCAGCACCCCAAAACACUCUUUGUGUGUGAUGAAGACGCCACCAUGGAACUUCGUGUAAAAACAGUACAGUAUUUUAAAGGUUUAUUGCACAUUCACAAUAAACUUGUAGAUCCAUUGUACAGUAUGAAACAAACAGAUGGAGAGAAAUUGACAAGUGCCAGUUGAGUGGAAUGAGGACCAGUUGAGCAGCAGGAUUUUCUACAUGAACCUUUUCCUCUACAAGCGUAUCUGAAGGAAACUUAGCCGACUAUUUAUGAAUGCUUUCCUACACUUUAUUAUUGUAUUACCAAAUGAAUCCUUUUGUUAUUUUUGUGGGGUGGGCAGAGAGGGAGAUAAUCUUAUGAGUGCUGGUGAACUGAGAAAUUAGCCCAUUUCAUCCGUACCCUGCUGUUCUGAGCAUGAGGAUUUCAUCAAAGACAGUGAGAGUGAAAAUAUAAUUCUGGAUUUCUCAGAAAAUUUAUACCACUGAAGUGCUUUGUACAUUGUGAAAACUUGUAUCUUCCAAUUCAGAUCUGGUUCCUGUCCAUUCAGUGUAAUUUGAAAUAUUAUUUUUAAGAUAAAAGGGUAAUUGGAAAUUAAAAAAAGUGAUUUAUAUUUGGGAAAUCACUUAACAAGGAUAAAGCCAUAGCAAUGUUUUAAAUUAAAAAUUUGUGCAGAAGUCGUUUUGUUGUGCUGAAUACAACCCUAUGAUUUCUGAAGAAGGGUCUAGGCCCGAAACAUCAUUUCCUGCUCCUCUGAUGCUGCUUGGCCUGCUAUGUUCAUCCAGCUCUACAUCUUGUUAUCUCACAACCCUAUGGUGGCCUGAUUAUUGUUUCUAUUUCAACAAGUGACUGUGUUUGUGAAUUUCCUCUGCACCUUAUUGCAGUAGCUUUUCCCUUCCUAUUCAAAAUCAUUGCAUGCAUCUGAGUUUACCCAGGCUUUUUAAAUAACUUCUGAAGCAUUUUAAAUGGUCUGUUUAAUGUAUGGGACUGAAAAAUACCACUGCAGUCCAUCUGGCUACUCUUGGUGUUUGAAAACUGUGGUAAGCUACCCUCUCAUUUUGUUUGCUGUUUCUGCCAAGUAUCCACCUAGCAUUGAAUUAAACGAUAUUUCAUCACAGUUUCUCUGGAUAUUGUUCCAUAUCCAGGGAUGUUCAUGAGCUUUUAUGUGAAAUAAUGGCAUUUAAAUGGCCUAUUGGGACUUGCCUGCUCUGAGUUUGUUUUGGUGCUCACUUGCAGAGUAUUUCCUUUGUCUGAAAGUCCCAAAAUUUAAACUAAAACAUAUCUACUUGAAAUGAAAUGGAGAGCCUUUCUCAUUCACUCACUGUUAUUUUAGGGCAUUUAAUUUUUGUUCCUAGAGAUUGACAUGUUUUGAAGGGAUUAUGUUACAUCAUUGAGUAUUUUGAGCAGGCUAAUAGUCUGGCAUGUUUGUUGGAGGAAUAGGUUUGUCAGUUCUUUGUUGUGAACAAACCUGGAAAAGUUGACAAAUUUGCAAACAAAUCUUUAGGUCAAACUGGUUUAAAGUAUCCAUUCAAAGCCAGUUGCUGAAUUCAUUUUGUCAAUUUGCUUUUUGAAGAACAAUAAAAAAAAUUGCCUUCCAACUUGAAA